AUGCCCGGCCCGGUGUCGCUCUGGGCCGUGCUGGGGCUGCUGCUGGUGUCUCUGCUGCCCGGGCUCCUCCGAGACCGGCCCAGCCCCGACCUCCGGGCACGCCCAGGUACCAGCGAGGGCUGUGCAGGGCAGCCGGGACUGCGCGCCUCGGAAGCCCGGCGGCGGCCGCCGCCCAAGGAGCAGCGCGAGCGCGCCCGAGCCGGGGCUCUGCCUUUGGGGGCGCUGUACACGGCGGCGGUCGUGGCUUUUGUGCUGUACAAGUGUCUGCAGGGGAAGGAUGAGGCCGCAGCUCCCCAGGAGGCAGACACGGGACCAUUACAGUCAGAGCAACAGCUGGCCCAGUUGACACAACAGCUGGCCCAGGCGGAACAGCACCUCAACAGCCUCAUGGCCCAGCUGGACCCCCUUUUUGAGUGUCUGAACACAAAGGUGCAGACCAUCCACCAGCUGCUCCGAGAGAACAAGCCGGGUGAGGCUGUGGAGGAGCCGGAGCCAGCUGGGGGCUGGAGGCGCGGGCCUGGCGCAGAGGCCGGGGUGCGCUUCCCUGAGGACGCGGGUGCGGAGGCCGGAAGCCCGAACGCAGAGACGUGGAGCCCAGCUGCUGCGUGGGAAGCGGAGCAGGGCCUCAGAAGGCGGAGCGGCAGGGCUGUGGCCGAGGGGAAGCAGAGGCAGCUGCAGGUUCAGGGCAGGCGCGGCUGUUGUCGGGGCCCGGAGCUGCUGCGUGCUGCCCGCCCCAGCCGCUUGGCCACACGCCCACUCGAGGUGCCUAGGGCCCAGUGGGCCUCAGAGCAAAGCUUCCCUUAUUAG